GAGAGAGCGAGCGAGAGGUGGGGGGUCUCGUUCUGGUUCGCUAGUUGCUCCAUCAAAAUUUGGAGCUGCCAUCCAAACAACUCCAGCGCUCUUCUGUCUCAAUUGUGGCUUUUCGAUGGGAACCAUGAUGCUACAGUCACCUUUUCCAAUUCGGGACAAAAAAAUCCAUGAAAGAUCGGCUAUUACUCUUGCAACUGGUCUAGUCCAGAACUGUUGCAGUGAGCCGAGUUUCAAUAUGCACACAUCAAAGAUUGGCUUCAACUCUGUGCCUUUUUUCCCCCAAAGGAGAUUUCAGUCAAGAAAGCAUCAAUGGGGAAUGGGCUUUGCCUUGGACACAGGUGGGAUUCCUGAUAGUAGUGGCCAAGAGAGCGAUAAUGACAACAACUUCAAUGAUCUCAAUCGCACUCGUUUAGGUCGGAUAGUGACUGCAGCUGGAAAACAGCUCUUAGAGAAGCUAAACUUAGCUAGAAAGAACUUUCCCAUGAAGAUAUUUCUACUUCUUUUGGGUUUCUACACGGCAAAUGCAUUGGCCACAAUCCUCGGGCAGACGGGGGAUUGGGAUGUUUUGGUUGCAGGGAUUGUGGUUGCUGCCAUUGAGGGUAUUGGUAUGCUCAUGUAUAGAAAGCCCACUUCCCCUUCUUUAUCUAAUGGGAAGCUCAAAUCUUUUGUCAUGCUGAUGAAUUACUGGAAAGCUGGUGUAUGCUUGGGCCUCUUUGUUGAUGCUUUUAAAUUGGGUAGUUAGGAUAUGCUUAUACCCACCUAAAGUUAUUUGCGUGAAAGAUGGUGGUGAUCGAUGAUUAAUUCCUAAAUUAGUGUUAGCUCCAUAUCCUCCACUGAUGGAUUGUCUAGACCACGGUCCAAUGUCAACUGUAGUUGUGCAAAUAAGUAUAUAGUUUGUCUUCUAUUUGCA